ACAGAGCGGGGGGGAUGGUGGUGGUGGUGGUGCGCAGAACAACAACAGUGAGCUGAGAAAGUUAUUAUUCAGGUUCUGGUUACUUGAUCUUGUUUUCGGCUGGAGCAGUAGACUAUUUCCAAUUAUUGAAUUUUAAGUAUUUGACUUCAAAUAUAGGAGAUGUCGCACCGUCGUGCCCGUUAGGCUUAUCCUAAAAGGAGGUUUCUUCAGGAUGGCUCCACACAUUCAGCCAAAAUCCUUGUAUGCACUCUCCUUAGCUCACAUUCGAAAUGCAAUUGGAAACGCUUGUGAGAAAAUUCAUUUACAGUAUGGCAAUUACGACCACCCUCAAAGUAGUGAAGAAGUGUUAUACCUCCAAAAUUACCUCCUUUCAAGUCUACCCGGUAUGGUUAUUGAUGAGCUGUGUGAAGAGACAAGAUUCUCAAAUAUUUAUAAUAAUACGGAUGUUCGAAUCAAGUUGGGUGUCUAUAUGCAUCCACUCAUGAAAAAGUUCAGUGUCUUACAACGCUCGUGGGAAUUCAGGCAGCUUGAUGAAUUUUGGCUUCAGAAAAUUCCUUCCUUAACUCGUCUUGUUGUGCUGAAUCUUUAUCAUGUUGCAACUGAUGAAAUUAUUGAAGAAGUUAGCAAUAACUGCCCUCUCUUGGAGGACAUCAAUGUUGUUUCAAAAGUUGAAAAUGUGGGCAACUCAGCCAAUCAGAACUUCAAUGCAAUGAAACUGAAGUUCUUUGUGUCAGAUGUAGGUCUCAAUCAUUUAGUCAAAUGUAAAAGAUUGAAAAUUAUUGUAACCAACAAGACUAUUCGUUCCAACUGUGGUGGUCGCAUGAUGACUCAUGAUGGCUUCCGGGCAUUACUGAAGGGUUUGCCUCAUCUGGAAAUGGUCAGGUAUGGUGAUUUAGGUUCUGUGAUUGCUACUGGGAUGGACAAUGUUGGAGAGUUGUCUCUAACAUAUGUAAGUGAUAACCAUCCAGAUGCAAGUCACAUUGAGGCCGCAUCUCGGUUGUGCCCACAUUUGAAGCAUCUCAGUCUUUCUCUUCCUCAUCAAGACAGGCAAUCAGGAGCUGACACUGCUAGUGAAGACAUUGCAAGGUCUCUGGCACAGAGUGGCUUGACCCCUUCUGUACUUGAAUUGCAGCAUUUUUCAUUUAAUGUUGAAAUUGAAAAUAUGUUUGCAAUCAAAGGAAUCCAUCUGUCUAGUUUAUUUUUGUGCUCUAUGAAUAUUAUCACCUCUAGAGAAGUGAUUAUAAUAGGUCAAAAUUGCCCAAAUGUGAAAAAUGUUCAUAUAAAGGGUUUAGGUACUGAGAUGUCUUCCAGUAGUUUUUCUCGAUCAUUCUCUCAACCAGGGCCCAUGUAUAGAAAUCUCAAGUGUCUUUAUGUUUCUGGAAAGGCCUGGGAUGUGGAGUACAUUCUUCAGCUAUUUUUAGCCUAUGCAACAGAACUGACAGGAUUGAAUAUUUGGAAUGAAACACCCUCACCUGAAUCAGAUAAAGCAUUGAGUAAAGUGAUCUCUCAACUGACAUUCAAUGAGCUUAAGACUGCUAACUUUUGCUAUGGCUGUCGUCUAUCAGUGGAAACUGUCAGGAAGCUUAUCUAUCGUUGUCCAAAACUAACCCAUAUUACAGUCUGGGAGCAUGAAGCUCUUCAACAAGCUGAAAUUGAAAAUAUACAGAAAGAGGCUUCUUCUAGAAAUUUUGAUGUUGAUUUACAACCUCUCGUCAUGAAUUGAUAAUAUGUAUUAUCAGAAAUGUAAACAGAAUCGGUCAAUUGUUUGUCCCUGAUAUUAGUCCUGAAGUUUUCGCACAAGAAAUGAGCCUGCUGAUGCUGUGUGUGGAGUACCACCAGGUUUAUUUCUUUUGCGAGUGGUUGUACAUUUUGCUCUUUUGAUCAAGCCAUUCUUUGGCAGCUAUUCUCAUUCUUUUGUGUAAAGUCUGUCUCUCUGCUAGCUUUGUGAAAUUUACAUGGAAACACGCCAAGGUGCAUGUUACAGAUAAAUUACAAAUUGUUUACCCUGUAAGUUCCUAACAAGGUUUCCUGUAAAUUUAUUUUAAGUUUGUAAUCCUUUACACUGUCAUUGUUAAAUAGUUCUCAUGUAAAAUAAUGUAUUAUUAGAUCAAGCCUGCCUUUUGUAAAUUAAUAUGUAAUAGUUGAAGGGUAAUACCUGUUGAAGAAAUUUUUUGAUCUCUCCUAUGAAAGCAUGUACCCAUUCACAUGUCUGUCUAUCAUAACAUACGUCAUUUAUGUAAGGUUCCAUUUCUGUGAUAAUAAAUUCUUUAUGUCAAGAUUACUGUUUCAA